UUCUCAUUCUCGCAAAUCAUUCUUACCGCCGGCAAGCUCCGACCAGUAAGCGGCUGCUUUGUAUUCUACCGCGCUUUGUUUACUAUCCUUUCAGUCGAAGAUUGUUCUGUUUAUUUCAAGACAGGAAGGGCGUGGCUAAAGCUUCUCUAUCUGCCAGUUUUGCGUGUGAAGCCAUGCAAAUGUGCAGCGUCCUAACUCGAACCCCCUCUUGGUUUUCCACUCGAAAGCUCUUCGAGCAGAAGCUAUCAGAUCUCCACAAGUGCACAGACCUCAACCAAGUGAAGCAACUCCACGCCCAAAUCCUCAAAUCCAAUCUCCACCUCGACCUCUAUGUUGUUCCCAAACUCAUAUCCGCUUUCUCUCUUUGCCGCCAAAUGCCCCUCGCCACCAACGCUUUCAAUCAAGUUCAAUAUCCAAAUGGCCAUUUGUACAACACUCUGAUUCGAGCCCACGCCCAGAAUUCACAACCUUCACAGGCCUUUUCCACUUUCUUCACCAUGCAAUUUGAUGGAUUAUACCCUGAUAAUUUCACUUUCCCAUUUCUUCUGAAAGCUUGUACUGGGAAUGGGUGGUUGCCUGUUAUUGAAAUGGUACAUGCCCAAAUCGAGAAAUUUGGUUUCAUGUCGGAUGUAUUUGUGCCGAAUUCUCUUAUUGAUUCAUAUUCCAAAUGUGGUUCUGGUGGAAUUUUGACAGCGAAGAAGUUGUUUGUGUCAAUGGGAGAUUGUAGGGAUGUUGUGUCGUGGAAUUUAAUGAUCUCUGGAUUUGCUAAGGGUGGUUUGUACGAAGAAGCUCGGAAGGUGUUCGAUAAAAUGCCUAUAAGGGAUAGUAUUAGUUGGAACACAAUGUUGGAUGGGUAUGUUAAAGUUGGGAAAAUGGAUGAUGCAUUUAAAUUGUUUGAUGCAAUGCCUGAGAGGAAUGUUGUCUCUUGGUCGACAAUGUUGUUGGGGUACUGCAAGGUAGGGGAUAUGGAGAUGGCACAAAUGUUGUUCAAUAAAAUGCCCACGAGGAAUUUGGUUUCUUGGACCAUAGUUAUCUCUGGCUUUGCUGAGAAAGGGCUAGCCAAAGUGGCCAUUGGCUUGUUUGAUCAAAUGGAAGAGGCUGGCGUGAAGUUAGACAAUGGGGCAGUAAUAAGUAUAUUGGCUGCUUGUGCUGAGUCUGGUUUGCUUGGGCUUGGUGAGAAAAUACAUGCUUCCAUUAGGAACCACAAUUUCAAAUGUACUACUGAAAUCUCCAAUGCUUUGGUUGAUAUGUAUGCAAAAUGUGGUAGGCUAGAUAUUGCAUACAAUGUCUUUAAUGACAUACAAAACAAAGAUGUUGUGUCUUGGAAUGCAAUGCUUCAUGGACUGGCAAUGCAUGGGCACGGAGAGAAAGCGCUCGAGCUUUUCAAAAGAAUGAAAGAAAAGGGCUUCUCCCCCGACAAAGUUACUAUGAUCGGAGUCUUGUGUGCUUGUUCGCAUGCGGGAUUGAUCGACGAUGGCAUUCGAUACUUCUCUUCAAUGGAAAAGGACUACGCCCUAGUUCAUGAAAUCGAGCAUUACGGUUGCAUGGUAGACCUUUUGGGUCGCAAGGGAAGGCUUGAAGAAGCCAUCAGGCUCAUUCGCACCAUGCCAAUGGAACCAAAUGUCAUCAUCUGGGGCACCCUUUUAGGGGCGUGUCGUAUGCAUAAUGCUGUCGAACUUGCAAGAGAGGUUCUCGAUCAUUUGGUUAAGUUGGAACCAUCUGAUCCGGGUAAUUUAUCCAUGUUGUCGAACAUAUAUGCUGCAGCAGGCGAUUGGGACUGUGUUGCCGAUGUGAGGUUGAGAAUGCGGAGUAUUGGAACUCAAAAACCAUCGGGUGCUAGUUCCAUCGAGGUCAAUAAUGAGGUUCAUGAAUUUACAGUGUUCGAUCGAUCACAUCCGAAAUCUGAUAAAAUAUAUCAGAUGAUUAACGGAUUGCGCCGUGAACUUAAACAAGUUGCAUGCUUUCCAAACACGUGUUAAUAGAUAGAGUCUGGAGUAGCUAUAGAAUUGUAGAAGAUCACUGCCUAGAAAUGUUGUAAAGCAUGCUUCUCUGUUUGCUGGAGCUGCUGAUGCAAUGGAAAAAUGAAGUUGUCUUGAAAUGUGACACAGUUGUGUAGUUGAAACAAGAGGAAAUGUUCGAAAGGAUCUUCGAAAGGAUCUGGAGGAGGAACGUUCUUCGCCCCGAGUAAUGUUGCUAUGUCGGAUAUCUGAAACCUCGGACAGGAUCCUUCCGACCAGAAGUUGGCCAUUCCCCCAUAGCAGAGCUAGAGGCAAAUGGAAUGACUUGAACAUGUGAAGGUUGAAAUAUACGAAGUUAAGGGUAUCCGUUCGUACAUUCUAGAUGGUAGCGUAACGUAAAUUGCUCGCGGAGAAUCGAUCACCAUGGAAAGACCAUAUCAGAUCUCCUGAACAAAAGAGAGCUAAAAUUCCUGAAGCAGACGGUUCUUCUACUGGACAAUGAAGUGUCUUGCCUUCUGCUGUUGGAUUGCUUAAACCUUAAAUUCCUUUGGUCCUACCUUUUGCUUACUAAUGUUUAAAUCUUUUGCAAUCAAGCGCAAAUUAUCUAUGA